AGAGAAGACAAUUGAUAUUUCUAUCAAUGGAAAGGAGGCCACUGUUUCUGUAGUUAGGAUUAAACUGGCAUACAUCUUCCAAGAAGCAACAAUGCCAGAGCCUCCAAGACUAUGGCCUCACCCAACAGCUGCCUCAUCAACUCCUUCACAGCUGCCAGUACAGAUUACAACAGCAGCGGACCUACCAAUGCCAUCCAAUCUCCAGCCUGCUAUAUGAAAUAACGCUCUGCUUCCACCGUUGAGGCUGGCCUAACCAUGAAGAACUGCACAAGACGGAAACUUAAGUAGUAAAAAUCUAGGAAACAAUAUUCUGUGGUUUGCAGUCUACAAGAAUGAAUUCAUUGCCUGAAACAGUAACAGAAAUAUGGGGUGAUGUAAUUAUAUGGUGGUUUCCAAGGGAUUUCUCACAGUCACGGAUUGGUGACAAAUGCACAGGAAGCAAUGCAUGCACACUAAUAGCUCUCCUGGUAGCUCAUCAGUGUUACAAAGAUAACAUAAAUAUUUCACCAGGUGAACAGCGCCUGAGCUCUCACAUUAUUACUGCUCUUGCAGAAAGCAUAAUGGAAGGAAAUGAAAUACAUAGGCAACUUUUGCAAAAAGGAAAUUUGCAAUAUUUAAAUAUGACUGUACCAGAGGCAAUGGCUGCUGCAAAGAGCAAAAUAAAGUUUAUCACAGAAUGGAGAAGCUAUGUUUACCUACUUGACCUUGGAGCAAGUCUUUAUGAACAGAUGAAUGACACAUUGGCAGACUGGUUUAGGAAUCCACCAGCUCGCAAGGGAUCAGAGCUGUUUGUCAUUCUUAUUGCGGAAAAUAGAUCUGUAUUAUUUGUGUUUCAAAAAGACCAGAAUAAGGUUACACUUAUUGACACACAUCAACAUCUGAACCAUGGUGCUGUUAUUGCUCAAGUGGAAACUCCUAAUUUAGAGGCAUUGUGUGCCUGGUAUGCUGUACUGCUAAGAAAAUGCUAUGCAGCACGGCCUGAAUGUUAUGAACUGAGUUUUUUAUAUUUUAAGAGUUAUGAGGCUGGUGAGAUGACAGCUGGUUAGCAGCAAAAACACUUAAUGCACAUAAAAAUUAUUAGCAUGGAAAUAAAAACUAGUCACUGAAUAAGA